AACCAUGAGUAUCACUCUUUUGACUAACGGUCGUUUUUUCUAUGGCGGCAACUCAUCAUCAGAGGCGGAAUGGCAUUCUGCAAUGGCCAUCCAAGACGGCAAAAUCAUCUUCAUCGGUCGCGAAGAUGCUCCAGAAUUCCAAUCAUACCGUGAUGACAGUGUGGAAAUAAAUGAUCUCCAAGGACGCCAUAUACUACCGAGUUUCAUCGAUGGUCACAUGCACUUCCUUAUGCUUGGCCAAUCACUACACAAGGUCGAUCUAGACAACUGUGUUGAUCUCGCGGAGAUUCGGUCGCGGAUCUCGAAAUAUGCAAAGGAACAUCCACACAAACAGCGCAUAUUGUGCAAAGGUUGGAUGCAUAGUAUGACGGCUGGCGAAGCAAAGGCCAGUAUGUUGGAUGAUCUGGAUUCCCGACCCAUCUACAUCGACUCCAAAGACCUCCAUUCUGUAUGGUGUAAUAGCGCAGCACUGGAAGAAAUGGGGAUUCAAAGUAUGGAGGAUCCAGCUGGUGGCAAGAUCGAACGAGAUGCAGAUGGGAAGGCGUCUGGUCUGUUGAGUGAGGCGUGUGUGUUGUUGAUUGUGUGGCCGUACCUAGCACAAGUCUUGCCGAUGGAGGACAAGUUCUCAGCAUUGAGAGCGGCGAUCAAGGCCUAUCAUGAAGUCGGGACCACGGGAUGUAUCGAUAUGGCGAUGGAUGAAAAUGCUUGGGAAGCAAUUCUUGCACUUCGAGAAGCUGAGGGCGGCGAGCUGCCGCUGAGAAUCGCAGCGCACUGGUGCAUCCUGCCCGGGGACGGAGAGGAACAUCGGUUGCGACAAGUCGAGAGGGCUGUUGAGUUGAGUCGCCAGUUCAAUACUAAAACGAGCCCAGAUCUGAGGAUUGUGGGUAUCAAAGUGAUCUGCGAUGGGGUCAUAGACGCCUGCACAGCCGCACUCGCAGAACCCUACACAUCGAACGGCCACUUCGAAGGCCCCAUCUGGACACCCGAGAUGCUAGGCCCCGUAGUCAAGAAGGCUUGCGAAGCAGAUCUGCAGUGUGCUCUGCAUGCCAUUGGAGAUCAAGCCGUGCACAACGCCAUCAACGUACUCGAAAAGUAUGGUAAACCAGGCCAGAGGCACCGUAUAGAGCACUUGGAGCUCACCGCGCCCGAAGAUGCGAAACGACUGGGCCAGCUGGGAAUCACUGCGAGUAUACAGCCUGUUCACUCAGAUCCCGCCAUUCUCCGCGCUUGGCCCAAACUGCUUGGUCCUGAACGGCUCAAGCGCGCCUUUGCGUAUUCAGACUUUGCGGACCACGGUGCGACUCUUGCCAUCGGCUCAGACUCGCCUACAGCACCAUAUGCGCCUCUGCCAAAUCUUUACGUGGCAACCACACGCAGGUCAGCAAGACAACCAGACGCGGAUGAUGCGCCUGUCAACGGAAAUUUCAGGCUAGAGUUGGCACAAGCUGUGAGUGCGGCCACGGAAGGUGCCGCGUACUCUUGCUUUGCAGAGGGUAGGAUUGGGAGCCUAGAGGUAGGAAAGUUGGCAGAUUUUUGUGUCGUGGAUACUCAGUGGAAGGACGAGGAGCUACUCAACGCGAAGGUGGUGGAAACAUGGUUCGGCGGGCGAAAGGUGUUCCAUACUUGAGAUUGCUGGAGUCAGUGAAUAAUCUGACGCUUUUCGAAUGCUA